UCCCAACGCGCAAUUCCUGUGCGCCAAGCUCGGGUCCUCCGUGGGCCGGGGGAGGGCUCAGGAGGCGGGCACUUCCGGUGCCCUUUCUCCUGCGAGCACCUGGGCCACGGACCCUCGUGUGAAGGGUGCGGUUUCUAAAGUGGAGUGGGGUAGAGGUGGGCCGGCACCCCCACCUGACCUUCGGUGCCGCCGGUCUCAGGAUCGGACAUGGCCCAGAACUUGAAGGACUUAGCGGGACGGCUGCCCUCCGGGCCCCGGGGCAUGGGCACGGCGCUGAAGCUACUGCUGGGGGCCGGCGCCGUGGCUUACGGGGUCCGCGAGUCCGUGUUCACCGUGGAAGGCGGGCAGAGAGCCAUCUUCUUUAAUCGCAUCGGUGGCGUGCAGCAGGAUACCAUUCUCGCCGAGGGCCUUCACUUCAGGAUCCCCUGGUUCCAGUAUCCCAUCAUCUAUGACAUUCGGGCCAGACCACGAAAAAUUUCCUCCCCCACGGGCUCCAAAGACCUGCAGAUGGUGAACAUCUCCCUGCGAGUGCUGUCUCGACCCAAUGCCCUGGAGCUUCCCAGCAUGUACCAACGCCUAGGGCUAGACUACGAGGAGCGAGUGUUGCCGUCCAUUGUCAACGAGGUUCUCAAGAGUGUGGUGGCCAAGUUCAACGCCUCACAGCUGAUCACCCAGCGGGCCCAGGUAUCCCUGUUGAUCCGAAGGGAGCUGACAGAGAGGGCCAAGGACUUCAGCCUCAUCUUGGAUGAUGUAGCCAUCACAGAGCUAAGCUUUAGCCGAGAAUACACAGCUGCUGUAGAAGCCAAACAAGUGGCACAGCAGGAGGCCCAGCGGGCCCAGUUCUUGGUGGAAAAAGCAAAGCAGGAACAGCGGCAAAAGAUCGUGCAGGCUGAGGGUGAGGCCGAGGCCGCCAAGAUGCUUGGAGAAGCACUGAGCAAAAACCCAGGCUACAUCAAGCUGCGAAAGAUCCGGGCAGCCCAGAACAUCUCCAAGACGAUCGCCACAUCACAGAAUCGUAUCUAUCUCACCGCUGACAACCUUGUGCUGAACCUGCAGGAUGAAAGUUUCACCCGGGGAAGUGACAGCCUCAUUAAGACUAAGAAAUGAGCCCGAUGACCAAGAACUCCAGAGAAGUGAAUCUGUUUCUGCCCUGUUGUUUGAGGAGCCAACUUGGGGUCCAGCACACCCCUACCCUGCCCCCAGUAUCAUGUGAUGGUCCCCUCUGUAUCUGUCCUCCCAGCCCUUCUCAAAUGAAGACUGACCCAUUUUCAGGGGCAUGACUUGCCUCCUCCAUGUUGGCUGGGUUAGGACAGUGUGUGAUUUCUCAGUGAUUUCCUACAGUGUUGGCUCCUCUCUCAAGAUUGAGAGGCAAUAACCACCAUCCCAGGAAUUCUCAAUAAAUUUUUAUUACUUAAGCUGAA